AUGGAAGAAACACCCCCAAGCAACGAGAGCACUUUAUAUGCAAGAUUUCGUAGCAGUUGCCGCAACCGGGAAUCUUAUGACACGCUCGCGGAAUUGGCGGCUGAAUUACGACGUGCCUAUAUGGUGAAAGGGCUGCAGGCUCAGCUUGAUGAGAAACAAGCUCACAAAUAUGCCGAGCUCGUGCGAAAACGCGAGGUCGCCGACUUGAUCCGUCAGGAACAACAGGAAGUGUUGGAGGAGAAUCUCCGAUGUCAGUCGGAGACGCUACGGAAAUCGAAAGAAUACAGACAGCAAUUGGACGAGCAGUUGACACGAAAGGAGGAACAAAAAAGAGUCAUUGUGGAGGAGGCUCGCGAGUACAGGAAGUUCUUGGAAGAAGUAGACCGAGAGCAAGAAGAGCAGGAGCGCACAAAGGCGGUGGAGAAGAAAUGCGAGCUUGUAGAGAGGACGAGACAAGAGAGACUGAUCCUCGAGAAAAUAAGGGAGGCCCGUCGACAGGAGGAGCUCGAAGCAGAAGAGAAGAAGCGACUGAAAGAUCUAGAGUACUUGAAGGAGAUAGAGGAGAGAUCGAAGGAGAUGAGCAGACUCCGACAGGAGCAGUUAGAGAGGCGCGAACGUGUCCUGCUGGAAACAACUAGGAUACUGCUGGACGCUCAAGCUCAAAAACGAGAGAGAGAAGAGCGACUGAUUGAUCUCGUAGCGGAGGAGAUCAGGUGCGAGCUUGUAAUCAGGGAGAUGGAGGAGACGAUGCGUAGGAAAAAGAUGCAGCAAGAACUGGCAGCUAGUUUACGGGAACAGAUAGUCUUCACGGAACAGUGCAGGCUGCGUUUCGUUGAGGAGGAUAGAGCAUGGGCCGAGGAAGUCAUGAGGAAGAUUAUGGAAGAUGAGAAGAUGGCAAGGUGCACGGCCGAGGCGAAAAGAAGGAUGAAAAUACAGUACCGGAAGGACCUGGAGAGUUUGAUUGAACACCGCCGCAGGAUUCGCGAGGAGGAGAUUGCUAGGAUUGAGGAAAUCGCUAAAGAGCAACAGAAAUUGGAACUACUUGAGGCGGAACGUGCGAAGGAGGAGAGAAAACGUUUGUUGAUGAUACACGCAGCUAACAUUGCAAACUUCGUGAAUAGAGCGACUCUUACGUCUGAGGAACAAGAGAUUCUUGACAAAUUAACGAAGAAAAAUCAAGACACUAAAAAUAUUGAUAAUGGAGACGUGAAAGAUUGA